CAAAGCAUGCGCCUGUGAUAUUCCGGCACGAAACAUACGUCUGAACGAAGUGUUGAGAAGAAAUAAAUAACGCGUUGAUCAGGUGCUGUUAACCGAUCAGUGAGAAGUGUGUAUAUGUUUGGACGACUCAAAAUAAACUAUAAGUAUCCAACACCGACUCCUAUCAUGUAUCUCUAAAAAGAAAAAAAAAAAUCCAUUUGAUCGAUCCUCCAAAGUUUCUAAUCUCCACUACUUUAAAAUUCGUCGAUCCUAAUCAUUCUAAGUGCUUAAAAGAAAAAUUGAUAAAAAAGAACAAAAUGGACGAAAAUCUCAGUCGUGGAUAUGUGCAAUUAGGAAAAGCAAGAGGCAUGAAUGAAUUUAAAUUGUCUAAUGGAUUUACACAUCUUUCACCACCGGUCGACAAAUGCAACUUCAUCUAUCUGGCCUUGAUACUUGGUGGAAUAGGCUUCCUACUACCGUACAACAGCUUCAUAAUCGCUGUGGAUUACUUUCAAACAAGAUACCCCGGUACGACAGUAAUAUUCGACAUGUCAGUCGUUUAUAUUACAAUGGCCUUUUUUGCAGUAUUCGCUAAUAACAUUUUAGUUGAAACACUGUCUCUGAACAUGCGAAUAACUUUUGGUUACUUGGUUUCGUUCGUUACAUUGAAUUUCGUGGUAAUAUGCGAAAUUUGGUGGGAACUAUUUGGUGCUACUACUUCAUAUAAUAUAAAUUUAAUAGCUGUUGCCAUUGUCUCGCUUGGUUGUACAGUCCAACAAUCAAGCUUUUAUGGAUAUACUUCGAUGCUUCCUAGUCGAUAUACACAAGCCGUUAUGACCGGAGAGAGUGUUGCUGGAUUUUGGGUUUCGAUUAAUCGAAUUUUGACGAAAUCGUUGCUGGAAGAUGAACGUGGUAAUACGUCGAUGUUCUUCGCAUUGUCGAAUUUGACGAUACUGAUGUGUUUCGUGUUACAUCAAGUAGUACGAAAGACUGAUUUCGUACAAUUCUACAUAACACUAUGUCAAGAGAGAAAUCGUAUUACAUUGGAACCAAUGGAGGACGUUGGCCUGAUGGAUCCGCUUGACCAGGUGGGUGACCCAACUAAAGGUCAAUACGGAAUUUUGAAGAUACAAACCAGUCCAUUGGGAAUUGAUUCUGCUAGUGCAAGUACAGAUAUAAAUGGUAUCGGACAAUACUCAGCAUUCUCCUUUAGUAAUCCUGUUUACGAGCCCAGUGCAACUUCUGGAAAUCUACCAGGAAGUGCUGGUCCAACUUAUAAAGUUGAAGACGUUGUGGUAAUGAGAGGCUCUUACGCUAAUCAAAAUAGUAAACCUUGGUCUGGUAUUAAAAGAGGAUUACUGGCAAGAUACGAAGUCUCAAAACUUAUCUUCCCAUACAUGGCUAGCAUCGGAAUUGCAUAUUUCGUAACUCUUUGUUUAUAUCCAGGAAUAGUGUCAGAAAUUGUAUCUUGCAAAUACGAAUCAUGGAUGCCGGUCAUCUUGAUGACAGCUUUCAAUGUUUCUGAUCUCUUUGGCAAGUUAUUAGCAACAAUACCAUUUCAAUGGAAACGUACUCAUUUACUUUACUUCUCGAGUGCAAGGAUUAUACUGAUACCUUUAUUUUUAUUAUGCGCUAUACCAAGAAGCGCUCCUAUAUUAUCCGACGAAUGUUAUCCAUUAGUAUUCUCCUGGCUACUUGGUUUAACAAAUGGUAUUGUUGGAAGUAUACCAAUGAUUCAGGCGCCUAGUAAAGUACCAGAGGAACAUCGUGAACUUGCAGGCAAUAUAAUGACAUUGUCAUAUAUAACGGGCUUAACGAUUGGCUCAUUGGUAGCAUAUUUAAUGGAUACUUGCUUUGGUCCACCGUUUCAAACGAAAUAUUUAUGCCCGAAACCAUGGAAAUCAAUAAUAAUCCCAAAUACUAACACGACCAUAAAUAUUAUAACAAACGCCAUGUCUUCCACAUUACCUACCAUAGAGAAAUCAACAACGAUACCGAAAUUAAAGACAACUGCUAGCAUUCUAACAACAGUAUUGACAAGUACUAUGUUAACAAAUAGCACAAUUUACACGGACCUUCCAACGACGAUCUCACCGAAAAUAUUAGCCAACGUUACGACCUCAGUCAGUAAUGCGAUUGUUCAACAUUAAAACGAGCACGUUUGUGUGCUGUGUUAAAUCUGGUAUUUUACUUACUCUCUUUACUCUCUUUACUCUUUACUCUCUCGCGAAAAGAAAAACAGAAAAGGCAAAAGAAAUAAAAUUCGCGAGCAAUAAAUACAAAUUGCGCAAACUUAUGAUAUUCUCAUAGAACGAAGAAAAUAAUUAAAAGAUAUUUAAAGUAAAUAAGAAAAAAAAUUAGACGAUUUUUCAUAGUUUUUUUUUUUCUUUUUUUCUUUUUAUUUAUCAUUUUAGUAGACUUCAUAUCAUCAG